CGUGUGUUCGGAGGUCUCGCGGAGAAGCGGCUCGUUCGUGUCAGACAAACAAACGGAGCAGCGGGAGCUUCACGGGCUAAACCAUGGUGAACGUGAAGAAGCGGAAAGGUCGGGUGGUCAUCGACUCCGACUCGGAGGACAGUGCCAGCGACGACAAUCUCGACCAGGAGCUUUUGUCCCUGGCUAAAAGAAAGAGGGUAGACUCAGAAGAACAGGAGGAACCUGUCAGUAAACCAGCAGCAUCUUCAGACUCUGAAACCUCUGACAGUGGAGAUGAGUGGACUGUUGGAGGCACUAAAGCUAAAAAGAAGGUGAAGCCCGGUAAAGGAGCAGAAAAGAAGAAUGCCACAAAAAAGAGGCUCAACAAGGCAGCUUCGUCAGGCAGCUCAGAUGGAGACAGCUCAAUGGAGAGUUCAGCACCAGAGGAGGGUGAGGUGUCUGACUCUGAGAGCAACAGCUCCUCUUCAAGCUCUGAUUCAGACUCGUCUUCAGAGGAUGAAGUGUUCAGGGACGGGUACGGAGAUGAUCUCAUGGGAGAUGAAGAGGACCGGGCACGUUUGGAACAGAUGACUGAGAAAGAAAGAGAGCAGGAGCUCUUUAAUCGUAUUGAGAAGAGAGAGGUGCUCAAACGGAGGUUUGAAAUCAAGCAGAAACUGAAGACUGCGAAAAAGAAGGAAAAGGAAGAGAAGAAGAAGAAACAGGAGGAGGAGCAGGAGAAGAAAAAGCAGUCUCAGGUCACAGACACUCAGGUGGUGAUGUCCCAUAAUAAAGAGAGACGAUCCAAGAGAGAUGAGAAGCUGGACAAGAAAUCCCAGGCAAUGGAGGAGCUUAAAGCAGAGCGUGAAAAGAAGAAAAACAGAACGGCCGAGCUUUUGGCCAAAAGGCAGCCACUGAAGACUAGCGAGGUCUACUCUGAUGAUGAAGAGGAGGAAGAGGAAGAUGACGAUAAGUCCUCAGUAAAGAGUGACCGCAGCUCAAGAUCGUCAUCCUUCGACGAAGAGGAGGAGAAAGAGGAGGCUCCUCCUAAGUCUCAGCCAGUGUCGUUGCCAGAGGAGCUGAACCGGGUCCGUCUAUCACGGCACAAGCUGGAGCGCUGGUGUCACAUGCCCUUCUUUGCCAAAACAGUCACUGGCUGUUUUGUACGGAUUGGCAUUGGCAACUGUAGCAGUAAACCUGUUUACCGGGUGGCCGAAAUUGUUGAUGUAGUUGAAACAGCAAAAGUCUACCAGCUUGGAACCACAAGAACCAACAAGGGUCUACAGUUACGGCAUGGAAAUGACACUCGAGUCUUCCGGCUGGAGUUUGUAUCCAAUCAGGAAUUCACAGAAAAUGAGUUCAUGAAAUGGAAAGAUGCGAUGAUUCUUGCUGGAAUGCAGAUUCCUACUCUCGAUGAGAUCACCAAAAAAGAGCAGUCUAUCAAAGAGGCCCUCAACUAUAAAUUUAACGACAAAGACAUUGAGGAUAUUGUUAAAGAAAAGGAUAGAUUCCGAAAGGCACCGCCAAACUACGCCAUGAAGAAAACCCAACUCCUCAAAGAAAAGGCGAUGGCUGAGGACAAUGGGGAUGGCGACAAGGUGAAGCUGUUGCAGGAUCAGCUGAAUGAACUGGAGGAGAGGGCUGAAGCAUUAGACAGACAGAGAACUAAGAGCAUCUCUGCCAUUAGUUACAUCAACCAGAGGAACCGUAGCUGGAAUAUUGUGGAGUCUGAAAAGGCUCUAGUGGCUGAGGGUCAGAACUCUAAGAACCAGCAGAUGGACCCUUUCACAAGAAGACAGUGCAAACCAACUAUGGUGUCCAAUGCUAGGGAUCCCUCUGUCCACGCUGCUAUCCUCGCCCAUCUUAAUCAGAAAUACGGUUCAGGCUCUGGUGGUGCAGAUAACUCUCAGCAGGGCAACAAACAGGGACAGAGCAACCCAAAAGAUAAAGAUGCUUCAAAACCAACCAGCGACCUCUCAGAGGACCUGUUCAAAGUUCAUGACUUUGAUGUCAAAAUCGACCUUCAAGUUCCUAACGCUGAGGCAAAGUCUUUGUCAGUCAGCUCCAACUCUCUGCCUGUGAAGGACGGAGCUCCUCGCCGCUCACUCAACCUGGAGGACUACAAAAAGAGACGAGGCCUCAUCUGACCACCUCCUUAUUCCCAUCCCAUCCUCCUCCUCCUCCUCCUCCUCAUCCUUUCGCUACCCCUGCUCCAUCUCCUCCUGCAUGUCUUGGCAAACUGCACCAGGGAACGAGACGGCUGAAGCAAAACACCUCCACCCCAUUUUGUCAGUGAGAGUGUGUGCGUGUGUAUGUGCGUGUGUAUGUGCGUGUGUUUGUGUGUGUGUUUGCGUGUAUGAGAGAGGGAGAAAGAUGUGUGUGUAUGUGUGUGUGUAUGUAUGGUCCAUGCCGUGUACUUGUGCAGUUAUGUGCGCAAGCAUUGUUAAAGUCAGAGAAAACAUGACCGCUUCAUGAAAUAUGACUAUUUUGAUUGUUUUUCUUUACAGGCUCACUUUUUAGGGAGGGAAUUGUCCACUGGUUUAUUUACAGAGUAAUACUCAACAAUGUUCCUUCCUCUUUAGUCUUGCCCUUGUUGUUUUUUUCUGUUUUUGAGCAAUGAAAUGUCUGUUUUCAUCACAGUCUUCAGAGGUGAUUUGAUUUUUAUAUCUAACCAGCCUUUGGAGCAGUCUGAACGUGUGAAUGAUCGUGUUAAAGAAGGACACUAUCUCAUUUAAAUACGGACAUUUGGAGGACUUUUUAUGAGUGCAUUUUUCCCUCACAAUCUUUUUAGCCAUCAGUGUGGAAACUUGAGACUCAGUUUCUGCUCAAUCUGAACAUUUGAGGAUCAUCUGAAGAACAAGACUAAUAAUGACAUUACACUCCUCUAAUGGAUAAAACCUGCUCAUCUUUUUUUCCCCCUUUUUUUUUUUUGGAACAAAUAAGAAACAAGUGGAACGAAUACCUCUUUUUGUGGGAAAAUACAGAGAUAAAUAUGGAGAUCAGUUAAUUUUUAUUUUUUGUUUCUGAUUUUAUUUCUUUAGUUCUCUCUGUUUUCCCCUAUAGAGCUGUGCUAUUGACUAUUGAUCAUUGGUUAUUAAUAAUGUCCUUUAGUCUGUUCUCGUAUUGAUGUGGCAUGCCUUGUAAAUAAGAUUUGGCCAUUUGGGAUGAGUGGCGAAAUAAAGAAAGCACUGUUUCGUA